AUGAAACCCACAAUUAAUCUACUUUAUUUUCUUGGGGGAGGAACAGGAGCAGGGAAAAAGACACGGAUCUUGCCCAUGGACACUUCAUGUUAUGAAAGCCCAUACAGUGACCCCGAAGAGCUCAAGGACCGGAAGCUAUUCUUAAAAAGGAGCAGUCUGAUGAUAGAUGAAGUAGACCUGGGAGAGGGAAACUUUGGGUGUGUCAGGAAAGGAGUUUACAAAAUGAGGAAGAAGCAAAUUGACGUAGCCAUCAAAAUGCUAAAAGAUGGCAAUGGAGUGGUACAGCAGGACGAAAUGAUGAAGGAGGCCCAGAUUAUGCACCAGUUGGACAAUCCUUACAUUGUCCGUCUCAUUGGAGUAUGUCAUGCCGAAGCUCUCAUGCUGGUGAUGGAGAUGGCAUCAGGUGGUCCCUUGCACAAGUUCUUGUCUUCCAAGAA